AAGCAAAAUUUUCGCAGCAUUUGCUUUUCCUCCUCCCUCUCUCUCUCGACGGCCGCUUGAUUGACUGCCUUCUUCCGCGAUUGAAACCCUCGAAUUCAGACAACAGAGAAGAAAUCAAGGCAGGAGGAAGCAGUGGGCGAGGACCAUGGGACAGUGCUACGGCAAGAGUGUCUCCGUCGCCGAGGACGGCGGCGCCCGGACCUCGGCCAACGGCGCCGGAGAAAUCGUCCCGGCUACGCCCAUCAGGAAAAGCCGGAGCGGCGCUGCCACUCCCGUACAAUACUCUGGCGCCGGUGCCGCCUGGCCCAGUCCUUACCCGCAGGGCUCCGCCAGCCCCCUCCCCGAUGAGGUCGCCCCUUCGCCCGCAAGGUCCACUCCCCGGCGAAUCUUCGGGAGGCUUUUCCCACCGCCGUCCCCGGCGAAGCACAUAAAGGCCGCUCUCGCGAAGCGGCAAGGCCCCCCGAAGCCCAGGGACGGUCCUAUCCCUGAGGACGGGACUGGGGAGGGGGAGAGGCCGUUGGAUAAGAGCUUUGGGUAUAGCAAAAACUUCGGUGCGAAGUAUGAGCUGGGGAACGAGGUCGGAAGGGGCCAUUUUGGGCAUACCUGCUCGGCUACCGCCAAGAAAGGGUCGAUCAAGGGUCAGCUUGUUGCCGUGAAGAUUAUCUCCAAAGCUAAGAUGACAACACCAAUAUCAAUUGAAGAUGUUCGUAGGGAGGUUAAGAUACUGAAAGCUUUGUCUGGCCAUAAAAAUCUUGUCAAGUUUUAUGAGGCAUGUGAGGACACACUUAAUGUCUACAUAGUGAUGGAAUUAUGCAAAGGUGGAGAAUUGUUGGAUAGAAUUUUGUCCAGAGGCGGAAGAUACACGGAGGAGGAUGCAAAGGUUAUUAUCGUUCAAAUUCUGAGUGUAGUUGCCUUUUGUCAUCUUCAAGGUGUUGUGCAUCGUGAUCUAAAGCCAGAGAAUUUUCUUUUUGCCGCUAAUGAUGAACAUGCUGACAUGAAGCUGAUUGAUUUCGGUCUUUCAGAUUUUAUUAAACCAGAUGAAAGGCUGAAUGAUAUUGUUGGAAGUGCUUACUAUGUUGCCCCUGAGGUCCUCCAUAGAUCAUACAGUACAGAGGCUGAUAUCUGGAGUAUUGGGGUUAUAACGUAUAUUUUGUUGUGUGGUAGUAGACCUUUCUGGUCACGAACUGAAUCAGGAAUUUUUCGUUCUGUGUUGAGGGCUGAUCCCAACUUUGUUGAUUCACCAUGGCCGGAUAUUUCUCCAGUAGCCAAAGAUUUUGUGAGAAGGCUUUUAAAUAAGGAUUAUAGAAAAAGAAUGACAGCUGCACAAGCUUUGACACACCCUUGGUUGCGAGAUGCGCAACGACAAAUUCCUCUGGAUAUGCUUAUUUAUAGAUUAGUGAAGUCUUACCUUCGUGCAACACCUCUUAGACAAUCUGCCUUAAAGGCACUAUCUAAGGCUUUGACAGAGGAUGAACUUUUUUAUAUAAGGUUGCAGUUUAUGCUUUUAGAACCAACUAAUGAUGGUUACAUAUCACUUGACAACUUUCGAAUGGCAUUAUUUCAAAAUGCCACUGAAGCAAUGUCGGAUUCCAGAGUUCCUGAUAUUCUAAAUGCGUUGGAGCCACUGGCGUUCACUAGGAUGGAUUUUGAGGAAUUUUGUGCUGCUGCAAUCAGUCCGUAUCAUCUCGAGGCUUUGAAUGGUUGGGAACAGAUAGCAAGUACAGCUUUCGAGUUCUUUGAAUUAGAGGGGAAUCGAGUCAUCUCUAUCAAGGAAUUGGCCCGGGAACUGAACCUGCCUCCUGCUGCUUAUUCCAUGCUGAGAGACUGGAUCCGACCGGAAGACAGCAAGCUCAAUAUUUUCGGAUACACGAGAUACUUGCACGGUGUCACGAUACGCAGCUCCAGCUCCAACACAAGACAUCGCUAGAUUGCCUGUGAACAUUCUUGUACUUGCUUUCUGAUGUUCAUCCAUUAAAUCUAAAGCAUGCCGCCAUUUGUAUGUGUUUGUCUGUUGAUACAACUUGAUGUAGUUUCCUUUAGAGAACACACAAUAAAGGUUUUUUUUUUUGUUUGUU